GGGAGCCCCACCCUCCAAGUAAUCUUCCACAGGAGAUUUUAUUUUUCCAGAUACUUCCAAGGCUUCCCGUCAAAGCUCUACCCAAUGUAAUGUGUGUUUGCAAGAAAUGGUACUUUUUCUUAAAUUCAGGUGCUUUUGCCACCACCUACCACCACCACGUAACCGCCAACGAUCACCAUGAAAACCACCACAAAUAUAUCGUCUUAGCUGCCACAAACCAAUCUCCAUACACAUCCACCAUACAAAAAAAUUUCUUUAGGUUUGACUGUGAAACACCAGAAGAUGGUUUAACAGGAAACCUUCGUUUACCAUUUUAUGUACCAAUCAAUUAUAAAAACGUGUCAAUUUUAACAUCUUUGCAUGGAUUAUUAUGCGUAGGCAUAAGCGAGUUGGAAUGUUCUCCCAAAUAUUAUGCUCUAGUUUUAUGGAAUCCAUUGACAGGUGACAAUAAGAAGUUGUCUACAAAGGGUUCUCGGGAUGAAUGUUACGAUAUCUUUGAUGGUAUAUUUGGGUUGUAUUAUAUCUCUUCUGAUGACGACUACAGGCUUCUACGUGUGAAACGUUAUCCCAGUGCUUGUAUUUAUAUAUACUCAUUAAAAUCCGACUCAUGGAGAAAGGUCAGGUCAACAGAGGACUUCCGACAAAGGGCUUCCAACUGGGCUUCACUUGUAGGUUACUACCCGGAGCAGCCAAAGCAUAUACUGUUAAAUGAAAAACUCUAUUUCUUAAAACAAGUUGAUAGAGGAGAAGGGACCUUUAUUCAUUCAUAUUCAGUUAUGAGGUUCGAAACAAAGACCGAAAAGUUCACAGAGAUAGUGAUGCCUUCUUUCGGAAAUCAAAUGACAAGCUCUUUGGAUUUCAUGGUUCUAAAAGGGUGCAUUCACUUCUGUGUUGCAAUUCUCAUCGACGACACAAGUUAUAUGGAAAACCAACGUUGUUAUGAAAUGAUCGAGUUAUGGAGAAUGAAUGGAGAUGGAGAUUGGACGAAGGUGUUAACUUAUGGCCCGAUGUCAUUUUUUCUUUGGAGUCAGUCGCUACUGCACGUGAUGAGAAAUGGAAAUUGGCUCAUUCAAAACGAAGUUGAUGUUUACGUAUUAGAUAUGAAGAAGCAUACCAAAGAAAUGGUGUUUACAUGUAACCCAAUCUAUGCCCAGCGUAUGUCUAAAGAAGCAUACGACAGAAUGGGUUCAAAAAAUAUCACUCCAAGAGGGAAAUACAUCGAGACUACUGUGUCACCCAAUAAAUAUUCUCUAUACGCGCGGAAAUGGAAGUUCAAAAUAAAUAGCUUAGAAUGGUGUACUGUUGGGUCGUGGGCGGAAUAUGAGGCAUAUGAAAGAGUCAUGAUUGAGAAGCAUGGGAACGAUGUCACUCAAAAUCCGGAGGAAACUGUUGAGUUACGGGUGCAAAGUCAGGGAGGAAGAUCCUCAGAUCUUAAGUUCGCGACAACAGGAACCCCUCUGGGGGGUGUGCCAUGUCCUCCAUUAAGUACAAAGAGUCACAAGAACAGGUAUGGGAAUUGGAAAGUGAACAAAAAGAACGAGAAGAUAUGCAAGACCAACUUGCAAAGGAAAUAGAAAUGGAACCAAAAGAACGGAAAGAUAUGCAAGCACAAAUAUGAGAUGAUCUAGUAACAAUCUUGGC